UUGCUUUUCCAUGCUGGAAGGAGCUUGUAUAACUAAAGCACUGCCAGCAAAGGCCCCCCUUACAGAGUCUAGCAGAUCCUGAGGGGCUGGCUGACUAUCGGGGACACAGAAAGGCCACCUGUUCUCCCUGCCUGCAGAAAAUCUGAGCUCUGCCAGGGCUGGCUGGUCAGGAAAGCAGAGAGAUGCAGGGGAGGUCAUCCCUCCGCCCGCUGGCUCUGAGUUGGGUUGACUGCAGAAGGUUCCAUGGGGCCAGAUUAGCACCUCAAUGCCUAGAUCACACGUGGUGGGUGGUUGUACCGCUUGAGCAGUCACAGUGCAUGCCUUUGCUGAGAGCCACCCCUCCAGCCUGGCACUGAGUCCAUAUGACAUUAAUGUGUGCCCCCCCCCACCCCAAACUGUGCCUGGAAGCCAGGGCUAGGAGCUGCCUCCCCUGCAGGUGUGUGUCCACACCUGCUCUGUCUGCUCCCUCCAGGACGUGCGGCUGGCUCCUGGUAGCCCGAGACGCUUACCCCUGGGCUGACUGCACAGUCGCCCUGUCUGGGGGUCUGGUGAGGAAAUGUGUGUUCAGGCCUUUCCCACCUGUGCUACUCAGCUCUGUCUGACCUCAGCCCCUUCAGGACCCACUGCCAAGAAAUCCCCCCAACCCUGACCACCCAGCUCCCGGUCUUGGUCCCUGGGCCCUGAGUGGCACAGCUCGCCUGGCCACCAUGCUUCUUGUAUGCACAUUCUGAUGCCAUCUUCCCCGACUUCCUCUUCUGGGGACUCAGGUCACCCCACAGCUGGGCUGAGGGCCCGUAAACACCUGGCCCGCCAAGCCCCAGCUGUGCCCCUACCCACUUUUUGCUGUGCCUGGCCCUCCUUGCCCUCCCCCGGCCGGCGUCUUCCUGUAAGGAGGUCCUUCCACUCCACGUCUCCCCUGGGUCUAACCCCACUUCCUGUAGCUGCUCCCCGAGCCUGGGACCAGGUCUGCCUUACUUUCCAACCUGCGCUCCACAAAAUGCUCUGGUCUCAAAAUCAGGCCUAUCUCAGACCAGCUUCCCACUGAUGUGUGGAGUUUGUUCUCAGCCAAACUGUCUCGCUACCCCAGCUUCUACCCACUGGUCCAAAACAGCUCCUCAUUUGCCUGAAGGACACUGACUUGCUCAUUACGUCACUGGCUCUGUCACAAUUGGGCUGAGAGCAGAGUGUGGGCCUGCCCGCCGGGUCCCCAGGGCAGCCCUGCCAGCGCAGCUCAGACUGGCCCAGUUUAGCCACACAUGCACCAUGAAGUACCCUCUGGUGCCGCUGGUGAAUGAGCUGACGUUUUCCUUCCUGGUGUUCUGGCUCUGCCUGCCCGUGGGCUUGCUGCUGUUCCUGCUCAUUGUGUGGCUACGCUUCCUGCUCAGCCAAGAUUCAGAGGAAAAUGACUCAUACUUAUGCUUGGAUUGGGAGCCCUGGAGCAAAGGCCCUGCCAAGUUCUGUCAGGAGGAGACACUCCACAGCCAAGAGGAGGGGAGGACCUGCUGCUGAGCCCGUCCUGCCAGAGCCAACCUGCCAUCUCUUCCCAGCCUGGUGUUCCUGGAGUCAGCCGACGCGGGUGGGAGAGGCUCACCACGGAGGGAAGAGGAUUCCGUCGAGUGAGGUGCUUCCCUGGGAGCCCCAGCACGUCUCCUCCACCGGUGGA